AUGAUGAUGAUGAUGAUGAUGAUGACGAGCAGGCACUGCCGGGUCCCCGGGCACGCAGGGGAUGUUUUGGCAGGACCGAGGGAUGCCGCCCCUCACGCCCAGCUCCCGCCGGCCUCGCUGCUGCGCAGUCCCGCGGGGGGAGAGGCUUAUCCCGCCGGGCUCCUCCGGGCAGCAGCGCCCCGGCCCCGCCGGGGGAUUAUCACCGCGGCCCCCCCUGCCCGCAGCCGGCCGGGGGGAGAUAAGGGACGGCCCAGGGGGGUCAAAACAAGCCCGGCCGCGCAGGGCCCGAGCGGGGCGGGCAGGGCCGGGCCGGCGCCCCCCGGCCGGCAACGACCUUGGGGUGCGCGGGGACGGCCCGGCCCGACGCCCCCGCACGGGGCGGCCCCGGGGGACCCCACCCAUGACCGGCCUCCCCCCGCCGGCCCGGGCCGCCCCCCCCGCGGGGCCCACAGGGAGCCUUGGCCGGGCGCCACGACCCCACCCCUUCCCCCGGGCGGGCGGGCGGGCGCCGCAAUGGAGGCCGGGGGGAGGCGGGGGCGGGGGGCGCCGGGGGGAGGAGGGGGGGAGGUGUCGGCGGAGGUCCCGAGGGGGCGGCGGGGCGGGCGGGGGUCGCGGCGGUGCCGGGCCCGGGCGGGGGUCGCGGGUGCGGGCGGGGGAGCCGCGCAGGCCCCGCCGCGCCCGUCCCCGGCCACCCCGCGCGGCGCCCGCCAUUGGGCCGGGCGGCGGCGGGCGGGGCGGGCGCGCGGGGCGGAGGGCGCGCCCCGAUUGGCCCCGCCCGCUGCCCAUCAACACGCCUCCCGCCGGCCGCGCGCGCGAGGGCCGCCGGGAAGCGCAGUCCGCGCGCCCACCGGCACCUGCGGCGCGGCGGCGCCCAGGGACUACAGCUCCCAGCAACCCCCGCGCCGCGCUCCCCCCACCCCGCCCCGCUCCGAACCCUUCCCCCCCCCCCCUCCGCGACCCCCCCAGCACGGCCCGGCCAAGUACAACGUAUACGGAGGGGGGGGCGGAGGGGGGGGGGCAGCCCCCACCCCCCCCCGCAACGGACCCAACCGACCCCUCCCCACCCCCGCACUGCCCCCCACCACCCCUGGGAGGGGGGGGAGGGUCAGGCCUGAACCGCCCCCCCCCCCACGCGCGACCCCCCUCCCCCCCCCUUCCGCGCCCCCCCCCUCAAUUCCGUACCGGGCGGGGGCCGAGCGGUCCGGGCGAGCGGAGCGGGCCGCGCCGUGCCGAGGCGGGCGGGCCGGGCCGUGCGGGCGGGCGGAGCAGGCUCUGGCCGCCCCGCGGGAGCUGCUCGCCGAGGCCCGUAUGCGGCUCCUUCCUGCUCCGGCCGGGGCCGCCCCGCUCUUAAAGGGGCCGCGCGCCGCCCCCCCCGCCCGCCGCCCCCCCCGCGGGGCGCAGCCGCCUCCGGCCGGGGGGGGGCGCAGCGCGGGGCGGCCGCGGGGCGCGGACAGGGGGGCUCGAGGGGCCGCGCCCGGGGGAGCACCGAGGAGGGACCCCCGGACCCCCCCCCCCCGCCCGCGCGGCGAGUGGGACUGUCCGCGCCCCCCCCCCCCCCCCGCGUGA